CCUGAAAGUUUCCUGGAAGUUUGCAGGGCGCGGCCGCGGUGUCGGCAGCUGGACCAUGAACGUGUUCCGGAUCCUGGGCGACCUGAGCCACCUUCUGGCCAUGAUUUUGCUCUUGGGGAAGAUCUGGAGGUCCAAAUCCUGCGCUGGCAUCUCUGGGAAGAGCCAGAUCCUCUUUGCUCUGGUCUUCACCACCAGGUACUUGGACCUUUUCACCAACUUCAUCUCCAUCUACAACACAGUAAUGAAGGUGGUGUUCCUCCUCUGUGCCUACGUCACAGUGUACAUGAUAUACGGGAAGUUUCGGAGGACGUUUGACAGUGAGAACGACACAUUCCGCCUGGAGUUCCUUCUGGUUCCAGUCAUUGGCCUCUCCUUCCUGGAGAAUUACAGUUUCACUCCCAUGGAGAUUCUUUGGACCUUCUCCAUCUAUCUGGAGUCGGUGGCCAUCCUGCCGCAGCUCUUCAUGAUCAGCAAGACCGGCGAGGCGGAGACCAUCACCACACACUACCUGUUCUUCCUGGGUCUGUACCGGGCACUCUAUCUGGCCAACUGGAUCAGGCGGUACCAGACGGAGAAUUUCUACGACCAGAUCGCAGUGGUGUCUGGUGUGGUGCAGACCAUCUUCUACUGUGACUUCUUCUACCUGUAUGUGACCAAAGUCCUCAAAGGGAAGAAGUUAAGCCUUCCAAUGCCGAUUUGAGGACCCUCGGGCAGGUGGUCUGUUUCUUUACAAGAACCAAGAGUCAAACUUCUUAGUGUUCUCCUUGGCAAUGGAACCUAAGCAUGACUGGAGUCCCGAAGACUGAUCAGCAUGGACUUCAGCAGAGGACUGACUAGACCACCUACAGCAGGCCCUCCCCGAAACA